AUGUCACAAUAUUUAAAUAGUCCAGCAAUGAAUAUGUAUAAAAAACGUGAACGCACCCAAAAUUGGAAUCAUCAAGAGAAGAAAUUUUUACUCGACUUGUGUCGCAAAGACAUGAGAAUAAUCGAGAAUAAAAGACUAGAUGCUGGACUAACGGCUGUUAAAAAUAAAGCCUGGAAGAUAAUACAUCAAAAAUUUUCAAAUCAAUUUGGCACAGAUCGUACGUGCAAUCGUUUAAAAGAACAAUGGCGACGCAUGAAAGCCUGUACUCGUAAUGAAAUAUUGGACUACAAUAAUCGUUUAACCCGUUUCGGACCCGAAGUGGCCGAUCGUAAAAAGCCCUCACCUUUUACCUUUGAAGUUUGGGAAUUCAUGCAAGAGGCUAAGAAAGUGUGCAAAUCGGAAGCUUUAGAUGGCAUAGACUAUUCAAAGAUACCCUUGGCUUUAGAGGAGGAUUUCGAAUAUCGUGAAGAGGAUCAUAAUAAUGAGGAUGAUCAUGAUAUGGACGAUAGCAGCCGUACUCCGCCCCAGGACUUGUGUGAUGUUGACAUUAAGGAGGAAACUAAUGAGACAUUAAAUGAUACCUAUUUGGAGGGAGAUAAAUUAAAUAGUUAUUCACCUCCACCACAUCGUAUGACACAUUCGGAUUUAGAUCGUUCUAGUAUGCAUAGUCCUACAAAUCUUUCUACAAAUGAGGAUAAUAAUGCUGCUGCCGGUGGUAAUGCUGCUUAUUUGCCUCAGGGUGGUAAUGAUUUAUCGGGUUUUCAACCAGGUUUUAAUAUGAAUAAUAUAUCGGCCACUUUGGAAGCUUUAAAUGCCCUGCGUAGUGGUCAAUUUCCUUCAGCAGCUGCAGCGGCUGCAGCAGCUUUACAAAAUAAUUUUGCUGCAGCGGCUCAACAGCAGCAGCAACAACAGCAGCAACAGCAGCAACAACAACAACAACAACAGGACUCUGAUGAACAAAUGAUGCCCGCCAAAAGACCCAGAACCUCCUCGAUUUCCAAUGGCAAUGGAGCGUCUUCUAUAAGCGGAGAUUUAGAUGAAAAUCCUAAUAAUAAUUCAAACACUUGCCUAACCUCUGCCCCCUCCCUUAGCUCUUUGCACAAUAACAAUAAUAAUAACAAUAAUAACAUGAAAACCUCCUCUAUGGACAGUUCACCCGAAUUGAGAGCCUUUAUGGAAAUGCAAAAUAAAGAACAUAUGAUGCGCAUGCGCAUACUCGAAGUGCAAUUACAGGCCGCCAAAUAUAGUCGCGAUUUAGUUGAAAUCAAUAAAACACUGGCUCUACAAAAGCUACAAGAAUACGCCAGUAAACGUUUAACCACAACAUAAAAAUUGCCAACGCAAUUUUAUUUUAUUUUUUUAAAUAUUUUAAUUUAAACAAAAAACAAUUUAGUUUUAAAAAUAGCAUAUUGUUAAUUAGGUUUUUAUUUAAUCUAUGUGUGUGUUUUUAAAUUUGGGCAGU